AUGGACUGCAACAAUCUGACGGUAUAUUCUUCUACACCUUCUCCGCUGCUGCUGGAGGAAUUAGGUCUCCCCUCGGACCUAAACUCGCCCAGGAGACAGAGGCCGCGGCAGAGGUCAAAGAGGGAGUCGAGCGGAGCAGUUCCUGCCAGUCCGAACCCGUGGCUGGGAUCGCGGCUGGUACUUUGCCCUCCCGGAUAUGGACCUCGCCGUUACUGCCACCCUGAGGCGCCGGAGAUUCCGGCCCCUGGGCACCGACGUCAACACCGCCUUGAGCUGCCGGAGGUCCCGGCCCCUGGGCAAAGCCUGCAGCUGCCUCCGGUUCCCGCGCCGAGGCGGCGUCUGUCUCCGCCCCCAGAGUUCCCCGUGCCCGCUGCUGAUGAGCAGCCACCUUGCUUCCCCGAGUUUCCCUUGGCUCCACCCCCUGAGUUUGCUGACGACCCGAGUCCGCUGCUGGUGUGCAGCUCCCCAGUGCUCCUCCCGAGACUUCAGCCGGCCGUUCUGCCGGCCUGCCAGAACCUGCCGCUGGUGCGGCGUCCCCAGUGUCUGCUAGGCCCGAGCUCCCAGUGUCCUGCUAGGCCUGAGCUCCCAGUGUCCUGCUCCGCCCGGCCGCGGCUCAAGCUCCGCCUCCUGCGUCGCCGCCCACCGCGGCUCAAGCUCCGCCUCCGACUUCGCUACCCUCCGCGACCUCUGCUCCGCAUCCAACGUCACCAUCCACCGUACCGCCCACGUGAGCUUCACCUCCUGUGCCAUGGGCGGUCCCCGGACUGUUUUCUUGUGUUGAGUUCCUGUUUGGAUUUAGUUCUGUUUUCUGGACUAUAAUUUUUGUUCAGUAUAAA